AUGUGAACACUGUGUGUCUGCAUGCGUUUGCACACGCGAACGCGUGUGUGGGUGCGUGCAUGAAUGCGUUUGUGCGUGAGCCACAGGCCACGGUUACAGCAUGCCAUCGCACCGCAACGCUGACACGUAAUGUAACGCAAAACUUGCUAAAUGCUAUCGCAGCGUUGCAGAUGGCCCGGGACUUAACCGCUAAAAAUGGAUACUUUUGGCGGUCCUUACAGUCUUUGGGAGGUCCUUUCCUGUGUUACGAGUUGAGGUGUCGAAUGGGAGCUGUGAGAUUCAGGAGUGGGCUGGGCUUUUUUCACACUGUGUUAUACCUGUGUUAUCGGAUUUCUAGGCUGUGCUGCACCUCUUAUCUCUGUUUUUUGUGCCUAUAGACAGUGCUAUAUCUAUGUUAUGUCUGUGUUCUGUCUCUAGACAGUGCUACAUCUAUGUUCUCUCUGUGUUUAUUGUAUCUCUAACCGCAGCAUAUCUGUGCUUAUUGUAAUAACAGAGGUAUGGCACAGUCCAGAGACACUAUGUGGGUUGUCGCCUGUGUUUUCUCUGUGUUUUUUUUCUCGUUCCUUUGGACCAUGAUGCAGCACGUCUGCACUCCCCUGCCGUGUAAACGCAGUGGGGGCUUGCCCCGCGGGAUAGAGCCAGACGAGGCUGUGACACUGAUCGAUCUGGACGAGUCGGAGAUGGGUGAAAGAGGGUGAAGCCAGUGGCCCGUGUCUCGCUAUGGUUACCGCUCCAGGGGUAUAAGAGAAGCGGGCGAGGCUGUUGUCUGGGUCAGUCAGGGGGAGGUUAGAGCUGAGUACCCGGGGGGACGAGCAAAAGAAGCACGGGCACAGCCUACCGCUCGCGUUUCCAGACAGGUAAGACAGGCAGUACUUUGCUGCGAGACGAGGGAUGGAAUCCGACAUGCUCACUCGAGGACUCCUCUACCUCUUCCUGACGGUGGUGGGGGUUCCCGGCAACUGCACGGUGAUCUGGGCCUUCCUCCACAUGGCGUACUCGGAGCACAAGCUCCUUCCCGCCGACGCCAUCGUGCUGCACCUGGCCUGCGCCAACCUGCUGGUGGUGGGGGUGCGCUGCCUGCUGGAGAUCCUGGCCACCUUCGAGCUGGCCAACGUCUUCAGCGACACGGGCUGCAAGGCGGUCAUCUUCGUCUACCGCACCUCCCGCUCGCUCUCCAUCUGGCUCACCUUCGUGCUCAGCGCCUUCCAGUGCCUGAGCAUCGCCCCGCCCGGCUCCGGCUGGGCCGGGGUGCGGGCGCUGGUGGCGCGCCACCUGGGCGGGAUCUUCCUGUUCCUCUGGGUCCUGAACACCUCCAUGAGCUCGGCGUCCAUCGCCUUCUCGCUGGGCUCGCAGAACGACUCGGGGCUCAUGCAGCACGGCAUCAACGUGGAGUUCUGUUUCGUGCGCUUCCCCUCCCGCCUCUCGCGGGACGCCAACGGCGCGGUGCAGGUGGCCCGGGACGUGGUGCCCAUGGCGCUCAUGACCGCCGCCAGCCUGAUCAUCCUGGUCUUCCUGUACCGCCACAGCCAGCAGGUGAAGAGCCUGCGUGGCGGGGCUGGUGGCGGCGGCGGCGGCGGGAAGCGUCAGGGGUCCUCGGCCGAGCAGCGGGCGGCCAAGGCGGUGGUCGCCCUGGUGACCAUGUACGUGACGUUCUACGGGGUGGACAACGGGAUUUGGGUGUACACCCUGACCGUGCAGAACACCCUGAAGUCCUCGCUGCUGUCGGACGUGCGCAUCUUCUUCUCCUCGCUCUACGCCUCCGUCAGCCCCAUCGUCAUCAUCGUCACCAACAGGAAGGUGAGCAAGCGGCUGAGCUGCGGCCGGGAGGACGAGAAGCCCGUGCAGAGCGCAGACACCGCCCUCUCCACCAUGUGACAGGAAGCUGGGAACCUGCCGAAAAGGAGCAGGCUCACAUCCCCACGUUCAUGCGGACUGAGAAACGGAUUGCCGCGGACGCAGCCCUGUCUGUGUUCCAAUGAACUCGUGCCUUCCAACAUUAACACCAUAGUGUUGUAUUGCGGUAACAAAAUGUGUGUGGUUCUGUGUGUGAAAGAACCCUGUCAUGCAGCCUCCUCCAUGGAUGUUCAGAUUGAAAUUAUGCAAUGAUUACUUUACAUGCAGCAUAUGCAAAAAAAAUACAUACAUGCAAGCCGAA